UGGCGGAAGUAGGACGGAGCGGCUGAUUUCCGCUUCCCUCGCUGCUGCUUCUGCUGGUCACUGAAGUAAAGAUGGCGGCGGCCGAGACCGAUCGUGAAGCACCGUCCGCUCUGUGUAGCGAAUUCCUCCAUUUCUCCGCAAAGGACACCGCUGCGAAAUGGCUGCAGACGAGCAACCUGCCCAAAGAGGUGUACCAGCACUUGGCCUGCUACGUCCCCAAGAUCUACUGCCUGGGCCCCAACCUGAACCCUCAGAAUGAAGACCUGCUGGCUCCGCUGCUACUUCAGAGCCCGCUGGAGUGGUACCUGUGCGGGGAAGAGCCGUCCGUGGGAUUGGCCAAGCUGGAACAGAACAACCAGCCCUCACAGCUCUGUGGCCACGUGUUUAAAGUGGGAGAGCCAACAUACUCUUGCAGGGAGUGUGCGGCUGAUCCGACCUGCGUGCUGUGUAUGCAGUGCUUCUUAGGCAGCGUUCACAAAGAGCAUCGCUACAGGAUGACCACCUCAGGAGGAGGAGGUUUCUGUGACUGCGGUGACACAGAGGCCUGGAAGAAGGGCCCUUACUGUCAGAAACAUGAGCCCAAUAUCAGCGACUCUUCCCAGAAGGAUCCUUUGGCUAAUAUGUCUGAAGAGAUGAUUGCUCGCACAUAUAAUGUUUUCUCCAUCAUCCUCAAAUAUGCUGUGGACAUGCUCACCUGGGACAAAGAGGAUGAGCUACCUGAAGGCCUUGAGCCACCGGUGCGUGGAGACACGUACUACUGCAUGCUGUUCAACGAUGAGGUCCACACGUACGAGCAGGUCAUCUAUACACUACAGAAAGCAGUUAACUGCACUCAGAAAGAGGCCGUCAGUUUCGCCACCAUCGUGGACAGAGAUGGCAGGAAGUCUGUUCGCUUUGGGGACUUCCAGUUUUGUGAGCAGGCCAAAUCUGUUAUUGUGAGGAACACAAGUCGGCAGACGAAACCCCUGCGGGUUCAAGUCAUGCACUCCUCUGUAGUGGCUCAUCAGUGUUUUGCACUCAAAGCUCUCACCUGGCUCGGCCAAAUCAUCAGAUACUCAGAUGCUCUGAGGAGGAUCCUGUGUCAGGUGGGUCUGCAGCGAGGACCAGAGGGAGAUAACUCUUCCCUGGUGGACACGCUCAUGCUCUGUGACUCCAAGAUGUGGAAAGGAGCGAGAAAUGUUUACCACCAGCUCUUUAUGAGCAGCUUACUCAUGGAUUCAAAAUACAAAAAACGUUUUGCCAUCCAGUUUGCAAAGAACUAUGAGUGCUUGCAGAGCGACUACGUGAAAGACGACCACGACAGGGAGUUCUCCGUCACUGAUCUUUCUGUGCAAAUGUUCACCGUGCCCUCUCUGGCUCGGAUGUUGAUCACAGAAGAGAACCUGAUGACCACCAUCAUCUGCACAUUCAUGGACCACCUCAGACACCGAGACCUGCAGGGCCACUUUCAGUUUGAACGCUACACCGCACAGCAAGCCUUCAAAUUCCGCCGGGUCCAGAGCCUUAUAGGAGACCUCAAGUAUGUCCUGAUAAGCCGUCCAACAGAGUGGACCGACCAACUCAGGGAGAAGUAUCUUGAAGGGUUUGAUGCUUUCUUGGAGUUGCUAAAAUGCAUGCAGGGAAUGGACCCAGUAGUGCGUCAGGUGGGGCAGCACAUAGAGAUGGAGCCUGAAUGGGAGGCAGCGUUCACCUUACAGAUGAAGCUCACUCAUAUCAUCUCUAUGAUGCAGGAAUGGUGUGCCAGUGAUGAGCGAGUGCUGAUCGAAGCCUAUAAGAAGUGCCUGAGUGCGCUGACUCACUGCCACAGUGGUUUCACCGAUGGGGAGCAGCCCAUAACCCUCUGCAUGUGCGGCCACUCCGUUGACACCAUCCGCUACUGCGUCUCUCAGGAGAAAGUCAGCAUACACCUGCCUGUGUCCCGGCUUUUAGCAGGUUUACAUGCUCUGCUGAGCAAAACUGAGGUUGCCUAUCGAUUCCCUGAGCAGCUGCCGCUGAGUGAACUGAGUCCACCCAUGUUGAUCGAGCACCCGCUCCGUUGCCUUAUACUCUGUGCCCAGGUGCAUGCUGGGAUGUGGAGAAGAAAUGGCUUCUCUUUGGUCAAUCAGAUCUAUUAUUAUCACAAUGUGAAGUGUAGAGUGGAGAUGUUCGAUAAAGACCUCAUCAUGCUUCAGGCUGGAGCUUCUAUGAUGGAUCCAAACCACUUCCUGAUGAUCAUGUUGAGCCGUUUUGAGCUCUAUCAUAUCUUCAGCUCAGCAGACUGCAGAAAGAGAUACAGCAGAGAGAAUGCUAACAAGGAUGUGCUUCAGCAGAAUAACACACUAAUUGAGGAGAUGCUGCAUCUGGUCAUUAUGAUCGUGGGGGAGCGAUACACAUCAGGUGUUGGUCAGGUGGAGAGCUCUGAUGAGACAAGGCGAGAGAUCGUUCACCAGCUAUGCAUUCGACCUAUGGCCCACAGUGAGCUGGUCAAAGCCCUGCCUGAGAAUGUAAGUCAACUAAAACAUUACGCAAAUACAGUUCUGCCUCCACCAGUUCUGCCUCGGUUCGGUCCACUGUUUGCCAGCCUGGUGAACAUGCUGCAGUGUGACGUGCUGCUGGGGAUUCUGGGAGCUGUGCUGCAGUGGGCAAUGGAGCCCAGCGGGGGACACUGGUCUGAGUCCAUGCUUCAGAGGGUGCUGCAUCUCAUAGGCAUGGGCCUGGUGGAAGAACAGCAACAUCUUAUCGGCAGCGCAGAUGAUGAUACCAACUUCAGCUUCACUCUCAAAAUCUCCAGACCAGGUGAGGCUCCUGCUAACACUCCCAGUAUCUUGGCUUUAUUGGAAACCCUGCAGAAUGCUCCUCACCUGGAGGUGCACAAGGACAUGAUCCGCUGGAUUCUCAAGACCGUGGCCAACAUCAAGACCACGCGGGUGUGCACGGCCAGUGCGCCCCCCAGUGACAGCUCAGGGCACAGCCAGGAGGAGAUGGUGCGGGAUAAAGAUAAGGCAGAGCGGAAGAGGAAAGCAGAGAUGGCGCGGCUCCGGAGAGAGAAGAUCAUGGCUCAGAUGUCAGAGAUGCAAAGACACUUCAUCAACGAGAACAAAGAGUUGUUCCAGCAGAGUCUGGAGGAGCUCGACCCCUCCACCUCCUCCACACUGGAGCACAGCCCCAGUUCAUGUGAUAGUACACUGGUCUGUGUGGGUCCACGGCGGUGGUGUGCAGGCGGCAGUGAGAGGAGACAGAUGGUGACAUGUAUCCUGUGUCAGGAGGAGCAGGAAAUCAGGACUGAUGGCAAAGCCAUGGUGCUCGCUGCUUUUGUCCAGCGCUCUACUGUCAUGUCCAAAAACCGCAAGAGACCUCCACACAACCCAGAUAAGUAUGACCCUCUCUUCAUGCACCCUGACCUGUCGUUCGGCACACACACAGGCAGCUGCGGGCACAUCAUGCACUCUCACUGCUGGCAGAGGUAUUUUGAAGCGGUGCAGGCUAAAGAACAGCGCAGGCAGCAGAGGCUACGUGUGCACACCAGUUACAACGUGGAGAACGGAGAGUUCUUGUGUCCACUCUGCGAGUGUCUGAGUAACACAGUCAUUCCUCUGCUGCCUCUUACAAAGACCAGCUGCAGCUCUGAACAGCCUAAUCUGAGCCAGUGGUUGAGCAUCAUCUCUCAGCAGAUGAAAGCCCUGCUCUCUGCUCACAGGAAGGCUGCAGAUGCUGAAGGUGUUGAUGAUAUGGAUGGUGUUAAUGACUGCCCUCCACCUGAUGGCUUCAAACUGGAUUACACUCCAAAGAACCCGUACUCAAGCACCAUAAAGGAGAUGUUGACCACGUUUGGGACAGCCACAUAUAAAGUGGGUCUUAAAGUGCACCCAAAUGAGCAGGACCCCCGCGUGCCAAUCAUGUGCUGGGGCAGCUGUGCCUACACCAUUCAAUGUAUAGAGAGGUUGCUGGUGGAUGAAGAGAAGCCUUUGUUUGGAAGUUUACCAUGCAGACAGGACGACUGUUUGAGUUCUCUGACCCGGUUUGGCUCGGCCUGCUGGACCGUCUCCUCUCAUACCACUGUACAGAAUCACUUUAUUAGGCUCUUAGCAGCCCUUGUUCCUGAUCCUCGGGUGGAGAAUACGCCAUGUAUUCUGGACAUAGACAUGUUUCACUUGCUGGUGAGCUUGGUGCUGUCCCAUCCAGCGAUUCUUUGUCUAGAUUCCUCAGGGCUGAGUGCGGAUGCUGCACAACUGCACUUUCUGCAUCUCAUCACAGUUGCUCACGUAGUCCAGAUCCUCCUAACCUCCAUACCAGAGGAGAUGCGGAUGGAGCAGGAGAGUGGAGGAGCGGAGAGGGAAGAGGAGGAGAAUGUGUGUAUGCUCUACAACACACUCAGGACGCAUCUGAGAAGUGGCCUGCAUGAGGUGAGCUCAGGCUGGCAUCUGUGGCACUGUGUGAAAGCUGGAAUCCUGCCUUAUCUGAGGGCAGCCGCUCUCUUCUUCCACUAUCUCAACGGAGCUCCAGCACCACCCGAGUUUCAUACUCUAGGUGCGGGUGAAUGGGAGGCUCUGUGUGGAUACCUGUGUCUGCCCUCCAACCUGCUCCAGCUCUACUACAACAAUCAGGAGCUCAUGGAACCUCUGCUGCACGGGUGGUGCUCUCAUCCAGGUGUGCUGCCGGGUCUUCAGAGCAGCGUGGCUCUCAUCAGGUUUCCUAGAGAGUCCAAUCAUCUCAUAGAGCUGCCAGGCGACUACAGCGCCCUGAUUAACCAGGCCUCCAGCUUCACGUGUCCUAAAUCUGGUGGGGAUAAGUCUCGCGCUCCUACUCUUUGUUUGGUGUGUGGUGCUAUGCUGUGCUCCCAGAGCUACUGCUGCCAGACCGAGCUGGAAGGAGAGGAUGUGGGCGCAUGCACCGCACAUACUUUUGCCUGCGGAGCCGGAGUCGGCAUUUUCCUCAGGGUGCGGGAAAGUCAGGUCCUGUUCCUGGCUGGCAAAACUAAGGGCUGUUUUUAUGCUCCCCCAUACCUGGACGACUAUGGGGAAACAGACCAAGGGCUAAGAAGGGGAAACCCAUUACACUUGUGCCAAGAGCGCUACAGGAAGGUCCAGAAGCUGUGGCGCCAGCACAGCAUCACGGAGGAGAUCGGCCACGCCCAGGAGGCCAAUCAAACUUUGGUGGGCAUCGACUGGCAGCACCUGUGAAGUCACGUCAUGCUUUCUCACACCUACGCCCACCCUUAAUGCAUAAGGGGACCCGCACAGCAGAGCUAGAGGUUGCCAAGGCGACACCAAGGCCUCUUGCUCUUCCUCCACCCCUUUUUCCAUUUUUCUGACAGUGGAUGAAUGCAUGACUUUUUCUUUUUGUUUUUCAGUGGAAGAUUUUCUCUUCCUGUUUUCUUUUAAAUAUGAUAGAAAUGCAUAUUUAAAAAGACAUAUAGCCAAGGUAUUGAACCUCAACAAUAUGGUUUCCUUCUCAACACCGAUAUUCUUCAUAGGAAUGCUAUUUAAUUUCUUCUCCAAGUACUAUUAAAUUAUUUUCAAGGUAUUUUGCUUAAAUAAAUAGGUUUCGCAAGACAGCUCUCUUAUCGCUUGGCAAUUGACCGGUGGUGCUGCCCUUCAAGUAAGCACAAAUGUCCCAAAACGGCCACGCAGGGAUAGCGCCACCUGUAGGAUACACAGCAUCCUCUCUGCCCCCGUCAUUUCGAAUGCUGCAAUACAUUUGUUAAGGCCACCUAAUUAACGUGCUCAUGUUCAUACAAUACAAGCCAACACGGGGAAGAUCCGGGAGCACAUGAAUAUGUCCUUGAAUGCCUGGUUUCUGUUUGUUUGGGUCGUGUAUAUGUUUGCGCGAGUGAGUUUUUAUGUACAGGUGUUUAGUUGGUAUGUUUCUAAUACGAUGGAUUUCUAAGGUGGUCCAUUUUUACGACCGUUUGUUUCUCGUUCUUUUGUGAUGCGUAUUAUUUAUGUUUCUCGCGACUGUGCGACCUUGAUCUAUGGAAUCAUGCUUUCCUUGAACUGAACAUGAAUUCCACUCUUAAACAUGAUUUUGAUGUGUGUGCCGUGUGUUGUGAAUUUGGACAUUUUGUUUCUUGUACUGCUGCACAUUUUCUCAGCAGCAGUAAUGGAUGCAGAAUUGCAUAUCCUUAAUUCAGUUUCAACUUUGGUCUGCUUUAGACUGUUGUUUUUUUUUUCUUUAUAGUGGCCUUGGCUUGGGACUUUAGUCCAAAUCAAAGGAGUUGUAUUUGUCAGCGACACAGAAACUCAUUAAAACACACCGUUGCUGCUUUCAGAUACAAGUUUUCAUGUCUCGCGCGGUUCAGAUGACAAGCCUGUUUCUAACGCGGUGAGCAUAUUUCCUGAGACACUUCCAGUGGCUGCAGCAGUGUAUUACAUCACAAACUGACUUGUUAAUAUGUGAAUUCCUGUAUAAAUGGGUACAUUGUACUAUAUUGUAAAACAUUAAUGAAAUAAAAAAGAAGAAAAGACUGUUGUGUUUUGAAGUGAUGCAUAAAAUGUACUGAUGAAUGGGCUGAUUACCCAUCAGUGUUUUUAUGUUUGUGCUGUAAAGUAACUGUUCUGUAUGUUCCAGAGCAGACAGGCUUAGUGGCCUCGUGUACAGUCGUGGCCAAACGUUUUGG